AUGCUCCUCCAACACCUCCUCCCAGCCCUAUCCCUCACCACCACCGUCCUCACCCUCACCCUCCCUUUCAACACCAACCAUGCCCACCAACCCCAAGAUCAACUAACCCUCACCAUCCCCCCCAACCCUAACCCUCCAUCCCCUCCAUCCCCCCCAAACAUCAAAGACGACUCCUCCUGCGACGGCACCGGCCUCAUCCCCCCCACCAACCCCAACAACCACUGCACCGGCGACGGCCUCAUCCCCCCAUCCCCUCCCUCUCCCUCCCCCAUACCUCCAAUCCUCACCCCCGAUCCCACCCGCGAAAACUUCACCUUCGAAAACCCCACCCUGGAAUGCCCCUACCCCUCGCAGCCCCACAUCUGGGACUCCUUCAAGACGCUCGAAAAAGACAUGACGAAGCUCUUCACCCUCAUCCACAAAAACGUCAGUUUCACCGUCGUCGGCCAUCACCCCAUCGCGGGCCAUUACACGGACUUGUUGCAUUUCUACGUGAAUGCGUUGCGGAGAGUUAGUGUCUUGUUUAUGGAUCAUAAGGAGAGGUUUGAGAUUCAUCCGGUGGCGAUUCAUGGGGGGUGUGAGAGUCGGUGGUCGGUUCAGGAGGUAAGGUUUAGGGGGGUUAUGAAUUCGGGCGACGCAUUCGACAUCAUAAACGUAUGGGUGACGCGGUGGCACGAGAACCAAAUGGUCGAGGUCCGAACGUAUAUUGAUGCGCCGAAGAUCAUGGACGCAUUGCACAAGAAUGAGAUCUGGUGGAAUGGCACCACCGAGAGGGAGAAUUGGCGGUAUAUGCCGGGCCCCGCGGGUAUGCCGGAUUUGAAGGAAUUGGAGGGGUAUAUGGGGUAUCCGGAUGGGAGGAGGUAUGAGGAUUGA